ACACCAAUAUGCGACCAAGUGUAAUCGCAGACCGGGAAUGCAGUAAAGUGGCAAGUUCUAUUAUCAACCCGGGGUCUAGAUCUACUGCUUACUCAGUGAUUAUCUAUUAUCUAGCCAACUAAGUUAAGUGUUUGUUGUUUAAAAGCAAAAGCAGAAAGAAAGCAGGAAUUGGUACGGUUUUCUCAAGCAGGUAAGAGUCACUCGGGAAUGAGUCCCCCUAUUUCCUUAGUUAGGUUUCAAUUGUAUAUCCCUGGGUUGAUUUACUGUUGAUUAGACUGCUGAAGAUCCGACAGUAGCUUGGAAUCUCUUAAGCUGACCAAGCCCUCUCAGUCUAACUACCCGGCAGACGACUAGUCUUCACCGGGAUAGAAGGCUGAAGCAGUAAGAACAGAACUCCACUACUGGAAUUGGAUUCCAGUACAAAGCAGUAAACUGGCUAACUCUCGUAUAGCCAAUCUCCUACUACCGAAUGAUGAGACUCUAGCAACCUAAUCAGAUUCUAUCUAUCUCAGAUUGCAGCAGGAAUAAGGAAAAAGUUGAUCAGACUUCAAUUGACUCAAUAAACAUGCAUCAUUCGAUUAAAAUCAAACAGUAAUAUCAUCCCAAGUCAUUACAAUCAAUCCCUAACACAUAGAACUAGGGUUCUUCAUCCCCAAGUGAGAGAGAGGUUCUACUCCAUAGAGAGAGAGGAAAACAAGGUACAAAGCAGUCAUACUCAUUACAAUGGGAAGAAUCUGCUCUGGGAUGAUGAUUUCCACUCCUAUGACGAUCUCCAAGCUCGAUUUGAUGAAACCCAGUUCCAAGAUAGCUUCUAGGAUGUGUUCUUCAUAAUUUCUCUCUCUAGGGCUCUGUUUUUGCUCAAAAAGUCCGAUUCUCUCUCUUGCAGCCCGAAAUUGGGUUAAAACCAUGAAUUCCCGACUCACAUGGGCAGGGCCACACGGCCGUGUGGCAUUCCCAGUUGCCCGUGUGACUUCAAAACGGUGCGUCUCGAUUAGUUGCACUUCAGGCUUCCUACACGGCCAGGGUCACACGGCCGUGUGGAUCACCCUGCCUGGCCGUGUGAAGCCUCGCAUAAUUCCACACGGCCAAACCACUCCUUCACACGGCCGUGUGGAUAUCAGGGCAAGCCGUGUGAAGGCUCGCACAAUCUCACACGGCCAAAGUGGUCACUUGCAUGGCCGUGUGAGUUGUGGGUGUGCCCGUGUGGCUUCCUUUUCGACUUGCCUCGCGCCAGAUCUUCGUCCAAUCGACCCCGAACUCGCUCCUAAACCUUCAUUCACUUGCUAGGACCUGAAAUAUCACAAACAAACACAACCUAGCGUGAAAUCGGCCUAAAACACGAGAAUUACCAUCCCAAACGGCUCCAGAAUAGGGGUAAAAACGUGUGCAAUUAACGGCUUAUCAAACUCCCCCACACUUAACCGUUUGCUUGUCCCCAAGCAAACCAAGUCAGACACAAGGUAAGCUCGCAUAUUUCAAUCAACCAACAUUGGGGACAAAUCAUAUAGGCACAGAAACACGGGAAUCAUACUGGUUUUCAAACAUCAACACAUGAACAACCUUAAUAGCAACCUGGACAACCACCACAGAAGACAUUCGAGUGCAGCAAAAUCGAGUAAAGGAGGAGUCUCCCUUCUGUUCAUCAACCAACCUAGACUUGACUCAACCACUUACUCAAGACAGUCAACUCAUGCAUAAAACUCAAGAUAUCAGAAUAGAGACCGAGCAAUCUAAGUCCUCACCGGGUAAAGAGUGUAAAGAACAAGGAAAUGAAUCGCUCACUCUCGACCAGUGGGGUCAGGACAAUUUGAUGCGAAAAAUGCGCAUACUAAUUCUCUCAAUUCCUAACAUCUCUUCACCAUGACGGCAGCCUCUACAGGUUAGAGUUCACAUAAAUGGUUGUCAUCACUAACUAAUCAGGAGUUCUUAGACACAUGUUCAAAUGACUGGCUAGGGUCUUGGACAUGGGGUAAAGGCCUUUUAGGUGGUGGAAGUAUUCAUAGCACAAGGUUCCACAAUUCCAAACCCAACAAACUCACAGUCAAUCAAACCAGUACUUUCUUUCUGCUAUUCUGCAUUACUCAAAUUCAGAGCACAAGAGCGAAGGAUGUCACAUAAAUACCAGUGUUUCUAAGCCAGACUGCUAAGAAACACUACUUAAUGGG